AUUGAAGCAUUAUAAUUCCGUAUACUUUGAUCUCAAUCUCACAUAACCUAUAAGAAGUGCUUCAAUUUCCAUAUUAGUUUUUAAUAAAAACCAUUCAUAUUUUCCUGAAUUCCUUGAAAGGUUUUCUCUUAAAUUAUUUGAACCCAUAUUUAUUGUAUUAUCAUAGGUUUGUAAUAGAUUUUUCAACAAGUCUCGGCAAACGCUAGGCAUGUCCGAGCAGGUUGGGAAGCCUCGGGGAACAUCUGUUCAUAGAGAAACAAUAGCGUAAGAAUAACAAUUCUAAACAAUAGCGUAUAUAAUACUUAUGUUAUUGUUUCUCUAUAAUCUGUUAUUAGGCUUAUAAAUUUCCAAUACCUAUCUAAAUCAUUGACCAGGCAUUCCUAUGUAGUGUGCGUUGUUAACACAAACUCUAUAAUAGUCAUACUCUGUACAUUAUUAAAGAUGCAAAUGACCAAAAAAAAUUGGCAAGAGUCGGCGAGAUAUAUUAUUGUAGUGUCGCCAAAUUCUAGCAGCCGGCAACCAUAUUUUAACAACCUUACUAAUUUCUCACUCGGGUCACCAGCCCGGCUGAAAAUCUUGGUUUGUCUCCAGCGUGUUUUAAGCUAGAUUCCCAUCUUAAAUCGAUCUAUAACAACAAGUAGGUUCAAAUUUAUAGCUGAACUACGUUUCAUUCUGUUUGCGUUCACUAUCAUAUUAGGGGCGAUUUGAUUAUGGUCUUAGGCCUACUGAUAAGCUAUCGAUGCGAUACGUUGUGUGGUUAACCAAGAGCCGAACUCCUCUAAAAACUAUUAUUUUGAUUAAAAAUGGCGGCGGGCAGUGUAGACCUGACCGAAGAGGACGCAGCCGACCUGCAGUUUCCCAAGGAGUUUGAGAACGCAGAGACGCUGCUGAUCAGUGAGGUUCAUAUGCUGAUUGCACACCGCAAGCAGCAGAACGAGAGUGCCGAGGAGGAGCAGGGCUUCUCCAACGUCUUCCAGAAAACCGACACCUACACCGAACGAUUCCGCAAGUUCAAAAAUAAGGAAACGAUAGCAGCCGUGCGAAACCUGCUGACCCAGAAGAAGUUGCACAAAUUCGAGCUGGCGUCGAUUGCGAAUCUGUGUCCGGAGACCCCCGAGGAGGCCAAGGCGCUCAUCCCCAGUCUGGAGGGCCGAUUCGAGGAUGAGGAACUCAGGCAGAUACUGGAGGAUAUCCAGACCAAGAGGAGUCUCCAGUAUUGAGGAGCUACAGUUGUCAAG